AUGGGAGAUCUCUACUCUUCCUUGUCCAACCCUGCAAACUACAGGAACCGCCUCGGAGCUCAACGCCAUGAUAGCCUCGCCAUCCCACGAGACUUCUCAACGUCGCCUCUGGAGCAUCUAGAUCUAUAUUGGGACUCCUACCUCGACUGCAGCCCCUUCGAGCGCGCCUUCGAGUUCGCACCCAAUCUUCGGAUUUUGAGAUUCAAUGUUCCCCAUCUCACGCGGUGGAAUUUCCCCUGGUCGCAGCUCACAACCCUUUGCAUCGGAGAAGUCAUCGACGACAAAAACCCGGUCCCUCUGGAUAUCCCGUGGCUUUUAGUCACCUUGUCACAAUGUCUAUCACUCGAAUUCCUUGCCAUAGCGUCUCAAGAUAUCAGUCCGUGCAUGCCUCUGCCCUCUGCAGAGCACGUAGUAUUGACCAGAGUACGAGAGGCACACUUCGAUUCUUGGGAUGCCAAUGUCCUCGAUAUUUUACUUCGCGUUAUAUCAGUCCCGUCUGUCCAAAAGCUCUCAUUCAACGAGAGCACAUGCGGACCUUUACCAUCAGACGGUGAUUCGUUCAUGAGAUUCAUCUCAAACCAUGCCGCGACCUUACAGGAGCUCCUCACGAAUCAAAUCGGAAUUAGUAACCAAACGCUCCUUCGCUGUUACGGAUGCGCAACCAAUCUCUCUCACAUCCAUCUGUUUUGUCUGACCGUCACUCAGAAUUCGAACGAAAUCCUGCGCGGUCUUGUUCUGCGGUUCAGGGAUGAUGGCACGCCCUUGGAGGGUCAGAACAUUCAGCUGCAGAGAUUGACGCUGCAUUUCGGAGUGCCAGACGAUCCAGACGAUCCAGAAGACCCGUCUACACGCCCGCCCAUGUACGGUAUAGAAACCCGUAUGGAGGAUCUUGUCGAACCUUUUCUGGACAUCAUCAGGUCGCGCUGGAACCCGCGAACGAAUGCCGUAUUACGCUCCGACAAUGCGACACCCGUCGCUGUUUUGAAUACUGUUUGUAUCGAUGACCGCACGUUGGAGUGGAUGAAGAAGAGGGAUCCUGGGCGUUAUGGGUGUUUGAUGAAAGCUGUUGAUGAAGGGUUGACUCUGAUCAAUGAAGUUAGGGGACGCGGUGUCUGGCCAGACUUGCCUCAGUAG